UCGGUGGCGUGUUUUCCGAUUGGCCAAGAUCUCGUGGUCUCAUGUCGGGUGCGCAAGCAACUCACGGAAAAUACUGGCAUGGACCUUUAAAAAUUUCCUGGUAAAUAAGUGUUGUUUUGAAGUGAUCCUUCCAUAGUGCGGGAUCCUCAAGAAAACGAUGUCAUGGACCCCACGUCCACUUCAGAUAUCGAUGAUAUGUUCAACCUGAUGCCCGAGUCCCUUAUUGGGUCUUCGGAGCUUUUCGACAAUGAACUGCUGGGCCUGCCUGUGCUGCCAGAGGAUCCAGCACUUAUGGGCAUCAAAGAAGAGGACUUAGACCUCGAGUUCUUCGAAGGGGAGUCAUCAUUGACUGAUGGACUUGUGACAAACCCAAGUUCAUACCUGGCAACAGGUGAUCCGGUGGUGCCUGCCACCAUUCUCCAAGUGGCAGCACCUGUCCAGGAACCACCCAAGCGUACGCUGGUUGUACAACCACAGAAGGUGUGCAUCCCAGCGGCGACAGCAGCAAACAAUGCUGCCCCUGCUGCUGCUUCGACAGUCAGUGCCCCCAGACAACAGCCGCAAAAGGUUACAGUGGUGCGACCAUUCUCACACCAAGCUGUAGCUCCGCGGGUGGCCACGCUGCAGCCAACCCCCAUGCCUUCAGUCGCUGAGCUGCUGGCUGCACUCAAGGAACAGCAGACACAGCAGCAGCAGCGCAUCAGCCGCCUCUCCCAGCUGCCCACACAGAAGGUGCAGCAGAUGCUGUUGCAGCAGUUGGUGAAGGAUAACAGUUGUGGCACCAACGCAGCUGGCAGCAUCCUCGCGUACACGCCACUCUCGCCAGCACCUGUGGUCGCAGCAGCACCCCAAGGAGCUCCCCUCUUGGCAGCCACUUCUGCUGCAGGAAUUCCUCUAGUCUUGGAAGCUGAUAAGCUUAGCAGGGUGGUGACAGUGAAGCCUCCAAACAAGGGAGAAAAACGCAAUGCCCACAACGCAAUUGAGCGUCGUUACCGAAGCAGCAUCAAUGACAAGAUUGUCGAGCUGAAGAACAUGGUAGUCGGGCCUGAGGCCAAGUUAAACAAGUCGGCUGUUUUGAGGAAGGCCAUAGACUAUUUGCGCUACCUGCAGAAUGCUAAUACCAAGCUCAAGCAGGAGAACCUUUUGCUGAAGAUGGCAGUCCAACAGACGGGUGCAACUGUGGCUGAUGUGCUGCUGGACCAGAAGGGCCUCAUGGCGGAAGUGAGCCAGGAGGCAGUGGCACUCACUCCUCCUUCGUCAGACAUGAGCUCGCCCGAUCACGCAAUGGAGGACACGAGCAGCUCGGAGCCCCCCUCGCCACCGCAGAGCCCCUCAGAGACCAAGUUCCCAAGCCCUCUGCGAGGUGCCAUGAUGCACACCUCCCGCAUGUCUCUCUGCAUCUUUACGUUCGCCUUCUUCGCUCUGAAUCCCUUUGGAUGGCUACUGGCAGGCCGGCCGGGUGACACCUACACGCUGGCCUCUUCGCACGCUGCGGGCCGGACUAUUCUGUCUGCAGAAGGUGAUAGUGGAAGCUCUUGGCUUGGUGUUUCCCCAAUGUCUCUUUUGGGUUGGUUCCUAAAUAUCCUGGUGACCGUGGCCUGCCUUGGACGCCUCUUGCUGUAUGGUGAUGGCCUAGCUCAAGCAAAUAGCAAAGCCAAUGCAGCUUUUUGGAGGCACCGCAAACAGGCUGAUGCUGAUCUUGCCCAGGGUCGGCCAGGACGAGCAGCUGAGCAGCUGACUGCUUGCCUGGGUGCCCUGGGUCAGCCGCUCACUGGUGGAAGCCUGCCCGAGGCCUUGUGUGCUGUGGGUUGGCAGGCACUGCGGCAGCUGCUUCAGUCGGCUCGCGUAGGACUCUGGCUCGAGCGUCGUGCCGCGGGUGGCUGGCAACUGGACAAGGCACAGCGGGCACGCACAGCCGCCCAACUGGCCCUCACCCACCACCAGCUCAGCGAGCUGCACCUUCUUGGUCAUGUGUCUUCUUGGGGGCGUUGGCAAGGUGUGGCACACGCCCUUGCCUCUGUGAACUGGGCUCAGGUGGCUGGUGCGGAGAUGCUCGGCCGUCGUCUCCUUUGCCACAUCUAUCUUGGAGCUGCCCUGCGUCUGCUUGACUGCUGCCACGUGCGCCUCCUCUUUGCACCCAGGCUUCUGCUGUUCCGCGCUCGUCGUGUGUGGUCUUCGCCAAAUGCAGUACCUGCUGAACUGAAAUGGGUCUUCGAAGAGAAUGGCCGCAGUUUCCUCCUUAGUCGAGAGUGGAUUCCAUUGCAAGGGACAUCAGAGGAUGCAUUCACUCGAAGGGGAGACUGCUGCUCUGUACUUGCUGCAGUUUCACAGCUGUACCGGGAACACCUCUUGCACAGGGCCGUUGCUGCACUUGCUGCAUCAGGCAGACCAAGCCGUGGUGGCCCCGAUGCCCUGCACCUGGUGGAACUGCUGGAAGGUGCAAGCUGCAGCUCCAGCAUGCCUGGCGGUAGCCUGACGGGUGUGGAGCAUGACGAGGCGGCCACCUGGUGGGCUGCGGUGCUGCGCGUCGCCCUACUGUGGGUGCGGGGAGAACCCGCUCAGCAGGAGUGCACCCGCGCCGAGGCUGCCCUGCGCAAUCUGCACUGGGACCAGACUCAGGAUCCAUUGCCCUGGGCAGUGGCCUCCGCUAUGUUGGCUCGCAAGGGACUCCUGGCAGCCCAGCAUCCUUCGUCACGCGACACCCUUAAUGCUUGCAAUCGAGCUAGCGCACGACUGUGGGAUUGUGCCAGCCAUCCCAAGCACCUUGCCAAUGCCACAUCACAGGUGCUGCUCACUGCAAGUUGCGAGUGGCUGCUGCAGACGCGAUCUGAGCUGUGGGAGCGCACGGGUAAGGCCCCUGCAUCGGGGCCUCACAUCGAUGGCUUUCAUCGUGACUUGGCACUGUUUCGACGGCUGGCCCAGAACUCGCCCAACCUGCAGUUAAAGUUGCACCUGUAUGAAGCCACUCAACGUGUUGUUGCUGGUGCAAACCCUGUGAAGACUCAGCUUGGAUUGGAUCGGUGUCUGAGGAGGCGCCUUUCGCACUACCCAUCUGUUGUCUGUGCCAAGGGGAGCACUGAGAAUGAGCCAAGGAAAGAGGAAGCUGACGCCUUGUUGCUGUCCUGUAAGCAUUUAGGAUCCCUGGCCAGCAGGGAUCAGAAAGACGGCAUGCUCGCAGAGGCCGCGAGUAUUCUGGGAGCCCUGGGACAUCGACGUGCCCUGCAUCAAUGCCAGAGGCUGAUGGUUGCCCCCACAGUUGCCUCAGCUGCUUGCUGAGUUGCAUGAUGUGUUUCAGCCAAGUCUGAGAAGAUUCGCCUACCCAGUUUAUUGUACAUAGUCAUACUUGUGAUGUGGUGUAAUAUGGUGUGUCCCCGUGAUUCAACUUUAUUUUAAGCGUUUUAUUAAUGGCAGUGAAGUUUCCCUGCUCACUGUGUACAUAUGUAGAUGUGCGAGGCAGGCUGUUUUCACCUGUCUACUCUAUUUAAUUUCACGCUGUUCUUUGAGGAAGAAAUCAGCAUUGCUGCAAAGCAGUGGAAGUUUCUUUGUUUUUAAUACUACUCACAUGGUGAGGCCCAGUUUGGUAUUUUGCAUCUGUUGCAUCUUUCAUAUCUUCAUCAGCUGCAGCAUUUGUUUGAUACAAGUUUAUCUGAUUUGUAUGACAGGCUAUCUCACCCAACAUUUCCGUUCAUCCCAAGCGUUGUUUCAUCUUGCAAAUGUCUGCAUGCAACCUUGAGUUAGUGGAAACCUCUUGUUUUCUUUUUAGUGUGUGUAGAUGCUGAGCCUGAUGUGUUAUAAAAUGCAUAUGUAUUGUAUCUUUAGCAUUUUGUAAUGUAUUGAAGAAUGUUUAGAAUAUUGUAAUGUAUUGAAGGCAUGUUUGCUGCAGGAUUUCUCAUUGUUAGAUUGAAAUGGGGGCUAAUGGCUUUGCAGUCCAAGUCCUCAUAUUUGCAGUAGGACCUUCCUCCGUAAAAUUUUUAAUCUUGGCCAAUGGCAUACUUUAUGGUGCAUCCUGGUGGCGAGAAAACUACCUUAAGCUAAGGGCUCUUUUCAACACUUUUGCUGGAGGUGUCCAACAACUCUCAAAAAGAAAAUCAAUUUUGCAUUUGAUAGAAACACCUGUUCAAUAGCAUGUGUUCAAAAAACUAACAAUACUUAUUAACAAUAAAUUUGCAACUAUUGACUUUCUUGACUUCUUCCGCCCCUACCCCCCUAGAAGAAGAAAAAGAACGAGUGCUUUGGUUGCAGAUGCCUGUUUUGCACCGAUUUAUUGGUGCUUGGCACUGUUUCCCUAAUUAAGUACAGAAAUAGUUUAGCUUUGUUUGUUGUAUAUUGUGGUUGCGUUUAAUUUAGGUGAGAAAGUCCUGAAAAAAGGUUAGUGUGAGAGUUCAUGAAAGCUAAUUGUCCUGAUUUCUGGACAUUCCAUGAAAUUUUAGUAGCGGGUUACUGGGAAUGUAAGUGCAUUAAAGGAGAAAAUAAAGUUCCUUCUUCUCUAAACAACAUAAUAUUGAUCAUGCAUUGUAGUUAUGUGAUCGUGUCCAGUGAGCAUAUGGUUAUGAUGAGUGUAUUUACCUCACUUGCCAUCAUAACUAUGCACGAGAGUUAGGCUAGGCUCUGCAUCACUGUCCAUGGUUGCGUAAUGGUUAUAGCAUUGCGCUGCUAAGCCUCAGGGUGUGGGAUCAGAGCCUGGCCACAACGGCCGCGUUUCAAAGGGGGAUAAAUGCAAAAAUGCCCGUGCACUCUGUGUUGGGGGCACGUUAAUAAAACCCGAGGUGGCUGAAAUUAGUUUGGAGCUCCCACUACAGCGUGCCUUGUAAUUAUUGGGGUUUUGGCUCUUAAGACAGAAUUUCUUUUCUUUUAGGCUGUGGAUUUGCCACAAAUGUUGAAGACAAGCUAACGAGUAAAAAGUAAAAACUGGCUUGUCCAGUUUAGAAGCCAAAUUCACUAUUGCAAGACGUGCACGUUUUCUUUUUUUAAUAAAGGUCAUAUCGCCGUAAAUGUUGUUUCUUUAUUUCGCACGUGAAGCUGGUGAAAAGAACUGUACAAUUGCUUAUGUUGCUUUGAAAUAAACAAAUUAUUUUGAUGUUUCUGAAA